AAGAAAAGGUGGCCUCGUUGAUUUCUCUCCGACAGUAGAAUUCGAAAAGAGAGAGAGAGAGGACUAAUUCAACCAUUUUCAGUGAUUCACGGUCGCACCUGCUUGUAGUUAUAGUGAGAGAGAGAGAGAGAGAGAGAGAGAGAGAGAGAGAGAGAGAGAAUACCAGAACAGAAAACCGCGCAAAAACUAAUGGCGAGUUUUAGGGUUUUGUGAACCUACUGCGAUGGAAAUGCCUGCUAGAAGAUCCAACUACUCGCUCCUCAGCCAAAUUCCUGACGACCAGUUCUCCGGCGCCUCCGCACCGUCCUCCUCCGGCGACGGAAAGACAGGCCGCGCCGGCAAGUCGGACCGCGUCUUCGACUGGGACCUCGUCUCCGAUCACAGGGCGGCUCAGCAGGGGGCCAACCGGAUCGGAAACCUGUACUCCUCGAUCGGCCUGCAGAGGCAGUCCAGCGGGAGCAGCUACGGCGAGAGUUCGCUAUCCGGCUGCGGCGACUUCUAUGCUCCGACGCUGUCCACGGCGGCGGCCAGUGACGCUGACGCCUUUGGCUACCUCCACGACGAUAGGAGCAAGUUUUCUGAGGCCCCGGCGAGGAUCGCGGGCUCCUCCGGGAAGAGCUGGGCGCAGCAGACGGAGGAAAGCUACCAGCUGCAGCUCGCGCUCGCGCUGCGUCUCUCGUCGGACGCCACGUGCGCGGAUGAUCCCAAUUUCCUCGAUCCGAUGCCUGACGAUGGGGCCUUGCGGCUCUCGUCAUCGGCGGACGCGGUUUCGCAUAGGUUUUGGGUGAAGGGCUGCCUGUCAUAUUCUGACAAAAUUCCAGAUGGCUUUUACUUAAUUCACGGGAUGGAUUCUUUUGUCUGGACUUUAUGCACUGAUCUGCAUGAAAAUGGUCGAAUUCCUUCAGUUGAUAUGCUGAAGUCUGUGAAUCCCUGCAUUGUUUCUUCACUUGAAGUAGUUUUGGUAGAUCAACGCAGUGACCCCAGCUUAAGAGAUCUGCAAAAUAGAGCUCAUAACAUUUCUUGUAGCAGCAUAACAACAUCAGAUGUUGUAGAUCAGCUCUCCAAGCUGGUUUGCAACCGUAUGGGGGGAUCAGCUUCUGUUGGGGAAGAUAACCUUGUUUCCAUCUGGAGUGAUUGCAGUAAUGAUCUUAAAGAUUGUUUGGGAUCUGUUGUUAUUCCUAUAGGUAGUCUAUCUGUCGGCCUUUGCAGGCAUCGUGCUAUAUUAUUCAAAGUACUAGCUGAUGCGAUCGAUUUGCCAUGUCGAAUUGCAAAGGGCUGUAAAUAUUGCAAAAGGGAUGAUGCCUCAUCUUGUCUUGUACGAUUUGGGCUGGACAGGGAAUAUCUCGUUGAUUUAAUUGGAAUGCCAGGACACUUAUCUGAGCCUGAUUCCUUGCUCAAUGGUCCAUCUUCCAUCUCAUUUUCUUCACCCUUGCGCUUUCCAAGACUCAAACCAGAUGAACCUACCAUUGAUUUCAGGUCACUGGCCAAACAGUAUUUCUCGGACUGUCUGUCUCUUGAGCUCGUCUUUGACAACAGUUCAGCAGAGCAGUUUGAUGGGAAGUACAAAGACAGGAAUAACCCGAGGCCAAUUUCAACAGACAGCAAUAGAAAUUCCCACCUUCCUCUCCAUCCCCAAGAUUCUCAUCCCAGCACACGUGAACAGUUUUCUGAAACGUAUGUACCAGGUAAUGCUCCCCAGAACAUUGUAGACUCAACCGUGGGAAAGUAUCCACCACCAGUAAAGCAUAAGCGUCCUGUUGGUAUGCCAACCCCCUUAGCACUUACAAAUACUAAUGAUGACAUGAUUGAGGGCAAGAGGUUUGUUGAAGGAAGUCAACUAAUUCCUAGUAAACCUACCCGAGAGCUUACACUUGACAUGGAGGAUUUGGACAUCCCAUGGAGUGAUCUUGUUUUAAGAGAGAAAAUUGGGUCAGGUUCUUUUGGAACUGUACAUCGAGCUGAGUGGAAUGGCUCGGAUGUUGCUGUGAAAAUUUUGAUGGAACAGGAUUUUCAUGCUGAGCGCUUCCAGGAGUUCCUGAGGGAGGUUACAAUAAUGAAACGUUUGCGGCAUCCAAACAUUGUUUUGUUUAUGGGAGCAGUCACUCAGCCCCCUAACUUAUCAAUUGUCACGGAAUAUUUAUCAAGGGGUAGCUUAUAUAGGCUGUUGCAUAGAUCUGGUGCCAAAGAGGUGUUGGAUGAGAGGCGUAGGCUUAGUAUGGCUUAUGAUGUGGCAAAGGGGAUGAAUUAUCUUCAUAAACGAAACCCCCCCAUUGUUCAUAGAGAUCUGAAAUCUCCAAACCUUCUCGUUGACAAGAAAUAUACAGUGAAGGUUUGUGAUUUUGGGCUUUCCCGUCUGAAAGCCAAUACAUUUCUCUCAUCCAAGUCUGCUGCUGGGACCCCUGAGUGGAUGGCUCCAGAGGUUCUUCGCGAUGAGCCAUCAAAUGAGAAGUCAGAUAUUUACAGCUUUGGUGUAAUCUUAUGGGAGCUUGCAACAUUGCAACAGCCAUGGGUUAAUUUAAAUCCAGCACAGGUUGUGGCAGCUGUUGGUUUUAAGGGAAAAAGGCUUGAGAUCCCACGUGAUGUGAAUCCCCAAGUAGCUGCCCUAAUCGAGGCUUGCUGGGCCAACGAGCCUUGGAAACGACCUUCUUUUGCGAGUAUUAUGGAUUCUUUAAGGCCAUUGCUGAAACCCCCUACACCUCAACCUGGUCGUCCGAACAUGUCAUUACUCAGCUGAAUGGUUGGAACACCAAGUUGCUUUUCAUGCACAUAUGACAGGAUUUUAUCGAUCUUGAUGUCUAACAAGAUUACACUAUUUUUAGUUGUCCUAGAGUCAAUUGUAUAUUUCUUUAAUUCAGGUUUAAGAAUACUGAUUUCCGACCCAGAGCAAGGAUACUCCAUCUUUAUUGUUCCGACAAAAUUGUUUGAUUAGGUGAUCUUGUAAUUUUACUGAGAAAUAUUUUAUUUUUCUCCUUCCAUAGUUUUGUAUGUAAAAAAAAAUUCCCAUUGUAAUUACAUUCAGUUAAAUGAUAAGCAGCUUUCCCAGCGGUGUUCUA